UAUCUUACUAGCUGCAGUGAUAAAGAAAUAGUGCAAGUGCAGAGACGUCCGCUGCCAGCUGCAUUCCACAGGGACACGUGAACCUCGCGAAGAAACGUAAAGGCAAAACGUGUAAACGUGUACCCUGCGCUGUGUGCAGGGAGUGAAGGAGAAGGUGGGAGUAUAUGAGCGUUGUCGCGCGUGUAUGUGUGUGUGUGUUUUGAGAAGGACGAAUCGUGUAAUUAAACGCACAUACACAUAUACAACCCCACUAGAGCAAUAUUCAAAGAAACGAAAUAGUUUUGCGGAUUUUUUGAAAAAAAAAAUUUAGACACUAAUAUGCCAGGAACUUAAGUAAUGCGUAUUGUGUGUUAGAAGCAGCUUAGCCUGAAAACCUGCAAACUACUGAAGAAAACCUGUUCCCAGUGUAACGAAAACGGUUCAGAGCAGUGUCACCGUGUGCGCGGCGCGCCUUCGUUCUAGAAAAGUCGUUACUAUGGCAACGGUGUAAAAUGCCUUUUCCAAUGCUUACCACAACUAACUGCUGCUUCUAAACGUUUUGCUCCGGCGAUAGACGGCAACACAUCACCACCAUCCAUACAUACACACCUUAUCGUAGGGUGCCUUUGCUCCCUUUUUUCCGGUUGCUCCGGCAGCAGUACCGUGUGUCUGUGUCUGUGUCUCUGUGUACGUGCGUGUGCCGCUGUGUGCAUGUUUUUGGCGGUGUGCGCGACGUUGUGUGUGUGCGCUUUGUCCCCAAAUGGUGGUGUGAAUAUUGAGAAGUGCGUCUGAUAAGAAAGCUUUUGAAGUUGACGAAGAAAAAAGAGCUCAAGUGGUGCGUGUGCUUGUGUGUAUGUGCUUAUGUGCGAGCGGGUUUGCAGUGUAUGAGGGUUUGGCUAAAGGAAAAGCAGGAAGGAAGCCUUCCGUGCGGGUGGGAGGGUGUUCUGUAUCACCCAAUGUUGCAGUUUAUGAUUGUUGCCGGUGGAAAGUGUUUUCCGAAAUUCAUGUGCGACUAGUGUGCCGUGUCGUGAUUUUGGGGGCAGCUGCUAUGGUGAUCACUAUAGGUGGUGAAAAUCUGUGUACCGUCGUCAAGCAAAGGGGAGUGUAAUUUUUUAGUGAGCUGCGGUCGGAGAGUAAAACAAACAUACCGAGCGCGUACAGCUUCUUCCUGUUUUCCUGCGGGUGCGCAACGACUUACAGCCAACGGACGGUGGGAAAGACCGCGCCGCGAACACGGAAUACGUUUUGAAUCAGCCAGCAGAGAAGAAGCGUUUGGCAUCUGUUUGUAAUAAUCGACUAACCGAGGCGCGGGGUUAGUUUAGCCGUGAACAGUAGUAGUGCCACCGUACCCAAGCGAAGCACCGGGGAAACAGCGUCCACAAUCGUAGCAAACAUGGCUGCACAGGAGAUCGACAACAGCACGACGUGGGGCAAGGAGUUAUGGGAUCAAUUUGACAACAUCGCCACACACACGCAGAAAGGAAUUGACUUUAUCGAACGAUUCGGAGGCUUCAUUCGUGAUCGCAGUGCCAUCGAAGUUGAAUAUGCACUUAAGCUGAGACGGCUUGUGAAGAACUAUCAACCCAAAAAGAGCAAAGAGGACGAAGAGAAUGAAUUUUCCUCCCUGAUUGCAUUCAAAAACGUCCUCAAGGAGGUGGCCGACCUGGCCGGGCAGCGCGAGGUGGUGGCGGAAAACCUCCAGAACCAGGUGCUGCAGGGCAUCCUGCUGCUGGCGAAGAAUCUGCGCGAGGAGCGCAAAAAGGCACUGAACCAGGGCGCCAGCCUGACCCAGUCGCUGCACACACAGAUCGGCACGCUGGAUCGGGCGAAGCGCAGCUACGAGAAGGCGUUCCGCGAGGCGGAAAAGGCGAUCGAGAGCUACCACAAGGCGGACGCCGACUUCCACCUCAGCCGGGCGGAUGUGGAGAAGCAGCGCGUCAACAUGAACAUACGCAACAGCCAGUCGGAGGACGCGAAGAGCGAGUACGCGAACCAGCUGCAGAUUACGAACAAGCAGCAGCAGCAGCACUAUCAAAUAGCACUGCCGGAGGUGUUUAACAGGCUGCAGGAGCUGGACGAAAAGCGAACGCGUGGCAUGAAGGAAUUCAUCAAACGGUCGGCAGAUGUCGAGUACGAGGUGUCGCCCAUCAUUGCCCACUGUCUGGAAGGGAUCGUGAAGGCGGCCGACUCGAUCAACGAGAAGGACGAUUCGAUGAUCGUAAUAGAAAAGUAUCAGUCCGGCUUUCAGCCACCGGGAGACAUACCGUUCGAGGAUCUUUCCAAACCCGACCCGGACGCCGCGAACAACUCGCAGACGCAUAACUCCAGCACCGGACUGAACCACAUGACGGGGAAAGGCACCACCAAGGACAAGCUUAAGAAGCGCGUUGGCAUUUUCGGUAUCUUCACCGGCAACAAGAAGAUUCUCGAAGCCUGCAUUAAUGUGAAGAACAACCUUUCGACGGACGGCCUGAAGGAAGAUUUCAGCGACCUGCCACCGACGCAGCGGCGGAAAAAGCUCACGGCCAAGGUGCAGGAGCUGCAGCAGAAGGUCGCCCAGGAGCAGGCGGCCAGCGACGGGCUGAUGAAGAUGAAGGGCGUGUACGAGGCGAACUCGAUGCUGGGCGACCCGCGCACGGUCGAGGAGCAGCUGAACGAAUCGGUCAACCGGCUGGACAGGCUACGGCACGAGCUGCUGCGCUACCAGAAGCUGCUCGAGCAGGCCAACAACCAGUCGUUCAUACAGCACAGCCCGCAGUCGAACCGUGUGAUACAGAACGGACAACGGUCGUCCAGACAUUCCAACGGUAGCAGUAAUCACGAAAACAGUCACGAAGAUAACGGCGAAGACCAUCCAGACGAUGCCGGUAGCCUUAGCAGGUCAGCUUCCGAAAGUAGUGUACAGCAAGCGCAAAAUGGGCUUAACAUUAACAACAACGGCAGCUCGGCGAGUCCGGAAAGUGGACUGGGCACAUCGCACACCUCGCUGCCGGGAUCCGGCCAGGGCAGCACGAACGAACAGCCAAUGAACGAGGAAUUCUACGAGGCAGAUACGCCCCUGGGCACGUGUCGGGCGCUCUAUCCAUUUGACGCAACGAGUGAAGGCAGCAUUCCAAUGUCGGAAGGGGAAGAAUUGCAAGUGAUAGAGGUGGACCAGGGCGACGGCUGGACCCGGGUGCGGCGGUUCAGUUCGAAGGGCUGGGAGGAAGGAUUCGUACCGACCAGCUACAUUGAGUGUACGCUGUACGCGUAGUGUUGAUCACCGAAUCAAGUAAAACCUAUCCCCCGCUCUAGGGUGUGAUGAUGCUGAUAUGAUGUCAGUGAAGGAGCGGAAUUGCACCCGCAAUCCCAAAAUGUAAAUAGUUAAUGUAAAACGGUGGAGAAACCCCCGGCCCUGCAGCACAUACAUAAAUGUAGUGCUUUAGUCGACAAAUAGUAGUGGCAAUUUAUUAAAAAAAAAAACAAAAGCACAGUGCUUUGUAAGAAAAAGGACAUCAUUUGGACCACAAAGCCUAGGCAAAACGGGGCAGUAAGAACAGAGGAUAUAAUAUAUGCUACAGUUGCUUGCUCUACUACGCUAAACAAUCGUUCAAAGGCCGCACUGGUAUGCGGACAGAGAGACAGCAGCAGGAGGAAGGGAAAAGCAUUCGUAUAUCAUCAGCCUUAUGUGUUUCUCCGCUUUUGGUGGGUGGUCGUUUAGGAAAUUUAUGCUACUUUCUUUUUAAAAAGCAAAUAUCGUAAUGCGAUUGCGAUUGCGAUGCAAAUACAAUGCUUUCCAUUUGCGCGCAGUAUCAAAAACCUGGCUAUCGAACAAUGAUGUUUGCUUUAAAUAGGUACGAGGUGUGCGAGAUAUACGGCUUGCGCUUUUUCAACCGUUAGUUAGAUUCUUUUUGUGUUUUUUUUUUCUUUCUUCUUUUAAAUAUGAAAAUAGCAAUUGACUGUUGCAUCGAAAUAAAUCACACUUUAAAGCAAUGCGCUUCAGGAGCAAACAAAGAGAAAGGAAAACACGAAUGAAACUCUCGAAUCAAAGUGAAACAAAAGGAAAGUUCAGUCACCGGGGUGAGUGAUCAAAAAGCAUAAUAAACAAAUACGAAACAUAUAACUACCAUAAAUACGGACGGAGAUACGAAAACAUACACUAUCGUGCGUAAUCUAUUGCCAUGAACUCUGUUCAAUUUCGAGGAAAAGAUAAACUAUAAUACAAUUAUAACACGUUUAAUGCAGUGUGUGCAGCGCACGGCUCUAGCAAAGGGGCGGACUAUCGUAAAAUAUCCAUUAAACAUGAUUAGUGGUGGACAUUUUAUGAUUUAAAAAAAAAGUUUUUAGUUUUUGUGUUGCUCCCUUUCUUAUCCAUCAUUUUUGUCGCUAGUUUUUUUUUUAUUGAUGCGAAAGGAUUUUUUUAAAUAGAGCUUCUGUAUAAUUACUCCUGCGCGCGCGUGUGAGACUAUGCACAACGAGGAGUUUAAAGUUGAUAUCAACACAAAAUAUCAUCCUAUUCAAAACAUCAUCAUCGUCAUCAAUCAUUAUUGCAUUGUUUGGAAGCAUCAACAGCACUACGAUGAGUUAAGCAAAACAAAAAUCAAGCUAGUUUAGAUUUAAGCAACUAAAUUGGAGCGUAAAAGCGAACGAAAGGCGUAAAAAAUAACAAUUAUCUUUCGCUUUUCGCUCAAGUGAAACACAGAAAGGGCAGAAAGUGCAAGCAGCAGCAGCAGCAGUGGGCUGUAAUAGCUGCUGGGUGGUGUUUAAGUGUAUUAUUGCUGUGUAAUGUAGUAGUGUCCCCUACUCCUUCCGUACUUUCUUCGUCACACAUUCGCGUCCACAUAUAAUCUUUACAAUUGCGUUGCUUUUCGCGGUGGUGAGCGAUUUUUUUCUUCUUCGGAACACCAGCAGUAGGUACUAGGCUAGAGCUAGGGUUACGGCGCAUGUAAGCAAUGCGAAACAAAUCAAAAACAUAUACACGUACCGCCCUCUGGUUUCUGGUCGUCCCAAUCUCGUCUAGUUUUCGGUCAGUGAAAUAGGGGGAAAAACAGAUGUAAAUUCACGAACUCUAACAUAUAAAACCAUUCAAUACAAUUUCAACCUUCAGCGGUAGCUCUAAUCACGUUCACGUUCAAUGCCGAUAAAUAGUGUUGGUAGUUUAGAAUACCAGUCAAACCGGGAAAUAAUUCCUCUUUUUUGUCCACUAAAAUGAUAAUGAAAAAAACUGUAUAACACUCUACGUACCCAAAGCAUGGCGAAAUGUAACGUAAUUUGCUGUAGCAUGUUUGUAUCAUACACAAUUGCGCUAAGAGCAGAAAGCUUUAGGGUCAGCUAGUUGUGAUCAUUGCUAUAUCCUGAUAUUCAAAAUAACAACAGAACAAAAAACCUUAUACUCAAACGCGUAUUGCUAAACAACAACAACAAAAGUCGUAGAAAGAACUGAAUUCCAUUUACUACAUCAGAUCGCAUGAAAGCGGCGUAGCUACCGUUCACAUCUUCAUAUUCAACUCUGUAAUAAAAUCGCAAAUUUAAAUUUGAAAGCAUAUAAAAGCAGCAACACUCUAUAUUUAUACAUUAAAAAGAAAGAUAUUUACGAACGGCUCAAACUGACUGAACCAAGUCUAGAAAUCUUAUUAACAAAAAAAGUAACUCAUCCUAAAUAUGCUCACAGUUUUGGCUCCUCUCACCACACCUUCCACGGGUGUUGUAACAAACAAACAAACAAACAGAAGAACACAAAACAAACGACAGAAGUGGCCCUUAACGCUUGUUCCGGUGAAUGGAUCUGUUGAGCACCAGAAACACAGAAUUAUUCUAUCUACAGCUCUAGAGUUACCAUGCCUGAAAAAGUCUCUUAACAAAUAUACAAAAGGUGGCAUUAACAAAACGAUGUUAAAAAAAUGUGAAACAACAAACAGAACUGAUUGGAAUACAAAAGAGGCGUGAAAAGGAGAAUAAUGAGGAAAACGAGAUAGACGAGAGAGCGGGGACGACGGAAACAAAAUGACGUGAAUUGCUAGAUAAAAUAGAGAAGGAAUAAUGAAUUGGCAGGCGUUUAGAUUUAAGUUUUGUAAAUUAACGGACAAAAUUUAACACCAUUUACACAGAAACAUAAUGCAGAUCGAAAGAGAAGACAAAACAAAUGCGGUUAUAAUCCUGACCUUUUUUUCCUUGAAAGCGAGAACAAAGAUUAAACGCGCGCGUAUAGCGAUCUCGUGUGAGAUCGCUCUCUCGUUACACCUUGAUGUCGUUCUAUGCGCGGCUAUUCGUAGCAAUCCUUGCUGCUAAUGAUGAUUAAAUUGUGUGUGUUUGUGGAGAAUAACGAACGCAUGUAAUGAGCAGCGUCCCGACAUCGGUCUCUCAUUUCAUUAUUUAAACGUAAAAAAAACCCCCACAAACAGACGCAAACAGCAAAAACAAAACAAGGCAGAAUAAAUAAACAAGCAAAAACUAUACUCAUA